AUGGAGCUCGUUAGAAUUACCCUGAUAUUGUUCCUGUCGUCCAUAGCCGCUGAUGAUGCGCGGGACUACGAGUUCUCUGAGCCGGACGAGUUACUGAUAGCCCAGGAGUCCAGGCACUAUGAGACUAUAGUAAAACCGCCGGUGACGAUUGUCAAACCGAGCGGCGUGACCAAUUCGCACCGCCCGCAGUAUAAUCUAGAUUCUUUGGAGCUCGGCGAUGAUCUGUUUAUGUUCGAUUCGACGACCAGGCGAAAUGUGAUGAAGAACUACAAGCAGACGCGGCGGGUGAAGGAGGGAAUGAUCAGAGAUGCGGUAUUAAGGGCCUUGGACAGAAAGGACCAGAUCGGCAAGUUUGCUCAGAUCCUGCCCAUUAUCAGGACGAUGUCUGGCAACCAGCGAGUUGCUCUGGCGUCCUUGGUAGCUAAUCAGGUGACGACACCCCCGGGACGGCAGCCCCUCAAUCUUUCUCAGGUGAGAUCAAUGUUUGGUAACGACACAAUUUCGGAUCCGAUGUUGCCAAUCUUAUUGGACACGGCCAAUUUGAUCCGGCGAGCGCUGAGACAUGGAAAAGAGCAGAGGGAUGUAAAGUACACCCAGCAGUUCCAAAGGCGAUCACUGACAGUAGACACACUAGAUGAGGAACCAUUCGAAACGGGAGAGAAGGAGAACAUAACAGUACUACAAGUGCUCCAAAGAAACCGUAACCUAAGAAACAGACAACGACCAUUCACGACAACAAACACAAAUAAAACAGAAGACACAACAGCACAGAACAACACAGAGAAUUCUAUUGACACAACAGAAACUAAUUUAAUCAAAACCUAUGAGACUGAUAGAAACAUAACAAGAGAAUUGCCAAGCAAGCUUCAGAAGACCCUGGUGUCGUCUCCCGCGAAUACCACCUUCGACCUUGAAGUGGAAGCCAGCAACCAGAGCAUCUCCGAAGAAAUACCCGUCGCUGAGAAGUUGAGGUCGCUGAACAGAUACAUAGAUAGAAAAGGCAACCUAAUUCGUCGUGGUACAUACCAGCCGAAGCUACCAGUAGUACCUCGUCGCACGGCUCCGGAACCCACCAUCACACCAAUCAUGAAACGGCGACCCAUCCCCACCAGGAAACCAGCCAACACCGACCAGGCUAAGUGUGAGCUAUUCACCAACAACCUGUGUCUACAUACUGAAGAUUACCCCACAGAGGCGAUAAUGCAGACGAUAAGAAGGAACAAAGCUGCGGCUGGCGCACUGCUCGCUGACUUCAAAGAUCCCGGCGAAGGAGCUGUGGAUGGCAUCACAGCUGCCCAAGAAGCGAAGUAUACGGCUGAUCACUACCUAGUUUCUAACAGGCGAGGCGACACCGCCAACCGCGACUUCGCUGGCGCGGGCGAGGCGGGCUUCAUGUGUCCCAGCACGGUGAAGUACGCGCGUCCUCAGCGAGCGCGCGCCACGUCCGGCCAGUGGAAGUACAUCGUCAACACCGGGGAGCACACGCAGACUUUGAGGCUGGAGAAGUGCUUGAAACCCAAAGAAUCCUGCACCUACUUGACAGACAAUUUCAAAUCAAAAUGUGUUCAAGUGUACAACUAUCAUAGGCUUCUAACUUGGGACCAACAGAACGGACUGCACAUGGAUAUCUUUAAGGUUCCAACCUGCUGCUCAUGUCACAUCGAGGGCUACAGUGUAUCAUUCCCUCCACUAGGCCAUCGGGUACACGAAACUUCUUCAGAACAUUUCCCAGGAGAAGAUCUCUCGUCGGAGCACGGCAACCAGGCCUUCGAAUCGGUUCAGUCAUCAGUACAAAAACCUGUCAUCAAAAACAACCCAUUCAACUUCAACAAACCCAUCGACGGGUUCUCGCCUUUUACUGAAAAUCACAAUCUAAUACCUGGAUCGUCACUAAGCAAUGUAAAGCUAAGCGGCAACGAGGACUAUGUUAACACAAAUCCAGUUGACUCCUAUGGUAACACAUAUUUUCCCGAUUCCUUCAAUCAAGCCAGUUCGGUUAGGAAUAUUAAGAGGCCAUCUGCCCGAAACCCCAGUGGACUCGUCGGGUUAGACUCGGUGACUCUACCUAGCUACUUGGAACCUCCGACACCACGAGCGCCGGCACCGUUCUCCUUCUCUAAAGAUAAGUUCAAUAAAAUCGACAGUCAAUUCAAAAGAGGUCCGAUCAGACCCAGUCGAAGGCCUCUGCGGAAGAAAAUCUCGAGCGGCCCCGACGACUUGGUAUCGUCCGGGUCAUCUUCGAUAGGGUCAUACGGCGGCAAUCCCGUUGAAAGCAUAGAAGACUUCGAAGAGGACUCCGAUGAAGCGGCAAACGAAAACUUCCAGCAGAGAAAUACUAUAGCCCCCAAAUUACACGCUGUCACGACUGAGAUUAAUUUGAGUACGCUAAAGCCUCCGAAUCCAAGCAAAAGCGGCAGCCAAAAAAGUGACCCAAAAAAGGUGAACUACAAUUACCAUCCGAUCAUAGAUUUCUUUGAAGAUCAGGAAUCUGACAGCGACUCCAUAGACAGAGAAGAUACAGCGAUGCAAGAAUAUCUGGUGUCACCUGAAUCAGAGUGGAAACCGAUAGGUCAUCCACCUUCAAGGCCGAGUAUAAGUAGCACUAACAAUGGACGAAAGAAACAUAAAUAAUUAUUAUUUUAGGUUAAUUAUUGUAAAAUUUUAUUAAGGGAACUUCAAACUUUUGUGUAAUAUUUUGAGCUUUAAAGUGGGUGUACCAAGAAAUGUUUUGGAAAG